AUGCGUGGAAAGGGCAACCAAGGAUGGGAUAUCGAAAAGUCGGGAACAUCCCAUUCUGCCAUCUCUUCCCUUAACUCACCUACCGCAGUACGCAUGCGACAUUGCUUCAUCAUCUUUCUUCACAACUUACUCACUCCUCUCCUCUGCAGCAUGCGCCAUGCCCGCGUCUAUUUUGGGCGUCUAUCUUCCGCAAAUUACGACUCUGCAGGUGACCCUUUCCGGCGUACCACCGAUACUCAUUACCUAACAUUCUUGCUUCUUUCUACUGCUCCAGGGCUCUCUCUCAAGUUUCAAAACGAGCCACUGGCGCCCCGGCAGAUCUUCCACCUGAAGAGGAAAUGGGGCCUACAAGAACCCUCAAAUGUCGUUAACCCAGACCCCUUCCCCUGGUCACAGUCUGACGGCCGGCCGUUGAUACAUGCUCAAGGCUCGCCGGCCCAGAAUGAGAAUGAGCAGAAAAUAAGGGACAUUUUUUCCAGCGCACAUCCAAAUCUUAUCGAGCAGCACCAAUGGCUAUUGCUACCCAAUUAUGUCACUGCCAUCCUGAGCGUCACGAAGAAACACCAGGCGCAAAAGGGCACGACAAACUUCUCUUCGCAUCCAACUAUGCCAUUCCCGCCCACUCCGUCCCGUCCGCCAUUUCGGUCGGUGGGCUUAGCUCUCCCGACUCCCGAAAUAAACCGUCACCUCAUUUCGUCCCGUACGGUCCACGGAUACCGGGCGACGCGUAUCCUUCGUACAGAUAAAGCUUGUGCCAGCGCGUACAGAGUACCCGGUGCCCCCUCCACGUCCGUCGUCACGGCGAACCUCUCGCGUUCACAUCUCUACCUAGUGUAUAUCAAGGCCCAUGACAAUAUCUCCGCCCGAUCUCGAUCCUUCGUUCGACGACCUUGGACCUGCCAUCUCCACCGUCUUCGGGUGUCUGCCCUAAUAUCAAUCUACGCCGGAACUCUGCUUCAACUCUCCAACAACGCGCACCCAUGUCUCGAGAACUGUGUUAUUGCUCCUAAUUCUGAUGCCCCGUCGCCCCAGCAAUGCAAGACGGACGUUCAGGCAAUAGGCAUUGACCAGCCAGCCCUGAGCCGCUCUCCCAACGCCUCGUCAGAGCCUCGCGCUCCAGUUCUCGAACUCGCUAUUGUCAAGACGGAGACGACGCUGGGAUCGUUCCCGCCCUCCGUCUCCGUCUCGUCUCACCGACCGCGCAGCAUUGCACCAACACAACGCACGCCGCUCCAGAAUUUGGUCGGGCCAUCCCAGCUUGUCUGCCCUCUGUCUGCGGCUCCUUGCAACCCUGCGGCCAACUCUAUCUCACCCACGUCUCCCCGAUCACCAUCGCUGGACCACAGAUAUAGUGUUCAGAUACGUACAGCGCCACUCUCCAUCAAGUCCCGUUGUCCCAGCCUUGGGCUCUUUGCCGUUGAGGGUCGCGUUGGGCCUCGUCACCUUUACGGUUUCGAACAGAUACCGCGUCAGAGGUUGACAGCAACGAAUUCCCAAUCGUCCCACCACGGGCCAUAUCAGAAGCCACCCGGGCGACGUUUUGCUCGUUGGUCUUCCUCUCUCGAAAAGGGCUCUCUACUCUUCUUGGUCGAGGAUCCUCCUCGUCUCAGCUCCGUUGAAAGCACUGGUCUGUGUCUGUCGUCUGCCAUCCCAAAAAAAAAGUUUGACGAUUUCUCUUUCGCCAAACUUGAAGUUGCGGAUCAAACACGCGGCACAGGCACGGACACGAAACCGGCGACAUGCUGUUUCAGCGUCCACCUUUCUAACGCAAGCUCACUCGGUUCGGUAACAGUGCCUCCCCUUGCUCGUGAAUCCGUCGAGAAAGACAUGGCACAAUGGCCCUCCUCACUAUUGAAUCUUUUCUUGGGACGCAGUUGUCCUUCGUCCGUUGCCGCCGUCGCUGCUGCCCGAGACUACAAGGCAGGGCAAGGCAAGUCUGGCAGUGCCGUGCCUUGGAGUGAUCCACGGCCGGACAACCCCUCUUUCUGCCCGGCGCUGCGCGCAACACACGAGGCGGGACGGGCAAGGCAUACUCUGGAGGUGAAGGUGAUGGAAUAUGUCACACUUAAGCUGAGCUUUACCACGCGCGGCCCCUCUCCCACCCAAUCUCCUCUCUCCUCUCGCAGAGCUCUCAAGGUCUCUCCCCAGGAGCCCGCUCCGAAAGGGAGUAAAGGGCGCCACCAAGCGACUCGGGAAAUCAAGGGUCCUUUUCCCAAGAUGAACGAAUGUGUGGGAAAUCUCCCGUCCGCUGGCGAGGGCGGCGACAAGUGGAAAAGAGAGUAG